AUGGCGUUUGCCGGCAGAUUAGCCAUCCUCCCGGGAGGGCUAGGUGGACUCGGAUCGAAGAUCGGCAAGAAAUUUCAGCAGCAAGGCGCUCGCCUAGCGAUCUUGUAUGCCCCCUUUGAAGCUGCUCGACGCGACCACCUACUUGAAGCAGGGUAUGGUGGUGGCUCCGACACGGCUGAUAUCCGGACCUAUGAGUGCGACAUCACGUCGCCCGACUCAGUGCAGUUGGCUUUUCUUUCACUUCAGAAAGAAAUGGUGGCUCCCGAUGCCUCGUCUCCCUCCGAAGGUGUCUUCCCCAGUAUUCUGAUCAACACGGCGGGAUAUGUCUCGCUAAGUGACAUGGAGAGCACGCCUCCCGACGAGACGAUGAAGCAUCUCACCACAAACAUCUUCGGACCCAUGCUCUGCUCACAGGCUUUUGCGAAUUUGUAUUUCGCGGCCUCGAAGAUCGCUGAAUCGACCGCGCACCCGCCACCCCCAGGCCGAAUUGUCAGCAUUUCGUCGCAAGCGGCGCAUGCUGCCCUGCAUCGACAUGGCGCAUACUGUGCCUCAAAGGCAGGAUUGAUGGGCUUGACUCGUAGCAUGGCGUCCGAAUGGGGAGGCCGAGGGAUCACCUCCAACACUGUCUCUCCCACCGUAGCUUGGACCGAGCUGGGCAAGAAGGCGUGGGGAGAGGCUUCGGUGCGCGAGGCCUUCUUGAAAUCCAUCCCCACCGGCAAGUUUGCGCUGCCCGAAGAGGUUGCCGAUGCUGUAGCCUUCCUGUGCCAGGAUUCGAGCGGCAUGAUCAACGGUGCAGAUCUUCGAGUGGAUGGAGGAUUCACAAUUCGGUGA